AUGGUGACUGUGACCGAGGUGCUGCAGCUUUGGGGCCUGUUUGUCACAGAGCUCAUCAGCUCGAUCGCCGACUGGUUCCAGACCAAACCAGCAUGGGCCAACCUGGAGGUGCUGGAGGACACAGAGCUGAAGACCACAGGAGGAGUCCACGAAAGACACAAAGCCAAAACCCUGUGGGAGAAGACUGGAGCUGUGGUCGUGGUUUUACGACGACCUGGAUGAUUAUUGUGCAGAGAGGAGGCCGCUGAGCUGUCCUCUCUCAAAUCCCAGCUGCAGGACCUUGAAGUCCCACUUUUUGCCGUGGUUAAAGAAAACCUUGGCAAAGAGCUGGACGGCUUCAAGAAGUACUUCUCUGGGAAGGUCUACGUGGAUCAGCAGAGAAAUUUCUACGGCCCUCAAGAGCGAUGGAUGUUUCUCUCCAUGUUCCUGCGUGUCGGUGUGUGGAGGAGCCUUUGGCGGGCUUAUAGAAGGGGCUUCAGGGGAAACCUGAGAGGGGAAGGACUUGUCCUGGGUGGAGUCUUCGUCAUUGGACCCGGAGAUCAGGGUAUUCUACUGGAGCACCGUGAGAAGGAGUUUGGGGAUAAGGUGAAUCUGCUGGCGGUCCUCAAAACAGCACGGAAGAUACAAGACAACAUGACAAGAUAG